AUGAAGCCGUACGGCAAGCAAACCAUCUUCGUGUUCAAGCAGCAUGACGUCCUGGACUGCGGCGAGCUGGACGACAUGGACGGGAGGAUUAAGACGAUUCAGGCAUCGCUGGACGAGAAGCGCAAGGAGCUUAAGCGCCUCACACAAGAGCAACAAGAGCUCGAGAGCUCUCCACCCACUGCCGACCUUCAGGGCGCCAUUACUCGCUUGAAUGCCGAGAACCAAGCAGCAAGAGCCUCACUCGAACCGCCGAGCGAGUCAAGCGCUGCCCCGGUGUCACGCGCGGAGGCAGACCAAAUCGACAAGAGCUGGGUCAAGUGGCGGAAGGAGUGGACUGCGAGGCGCAGAAUAUAUACUCAGCUCAUUGGCGCGCUCGAAGACGGUGGUGCGAACCGUGCGCAAUUGGAGGAAGAGAAGGGAAUUGAGCACGAUGACGAUGACGCGAAAGAGGUGGAGGAAAGCGAGCUGUGCAAGCCUGCCAUGACGCAGAGGCCUCGCCCAGCUCGUCAAGCACGCACGUCCCAGGUGUUGGGCAAGCGACCCCAUGGCUCGGUCGCUGCAGGUGCGGCGUCUUGA